AUGAACAUCAACCAAACCAACAGCAGCAGCAGCAGCCUCUCAACCCGAAUCUCCCUCCGCUGGCUCCCCGACCCCGCCUUCGAAAACACCGACACCAUCGUCCUGUCCCUAAUGGGUUGGUACGUCGACCUCCGCGUCGACAAAUCCACCGGUAAAAUGGACUGGUCGAUCGCUGGCCAACGCAUCGUAGAAAGCCAAGAGCCACUACGCGUGCUUUUCACACACGCCAUCGACUCGCAUAAUGCGUUUGAGGCUUUGGAUUGUGGAACUUUUACCCAGCUGCCGAACGGGGAUGGUCUUGAGACUGGGUCGAUGCCGCGUUGGGACUUGCCUGGUAAGCCGGUUAGGGAGUAUGAGGAGGUGUGGCGGGAGUUAGCCUUCAGAGAGGGGCCUGAGGGGCCGGGGAGGGGAGUUUCGUGGGUGCUGGAGGCGAGGGGGGAUGAGCAGGGGGUGAGCGGUCAGGAUGCGAGUACGGUGACGAGGAUGUUCAUUGCGAGGAUCUGGGGGACUUAUGUUGCGCUGCGCCAGGAGCAGAUGCACUCCGGUGGAGACUCGAAGGCUGAAGUCAAGGAUGGAGGGGAGGUUAGUGCAAGACGCGAGGAAUGGGACUCUACUUCUGGGUGGAAGACGAAGUACGUCCUUGGCCCGGAUGCCGAUAAAUUACCCUCCAUGACGACGAUUGACACCGGAGAUGGAGAUUGGAGCAUCGGCAGCGAAGUGGUGCUGAGCGGCCAACCAUACAUUGUACGAGCGUUUGAACGAAUUAAACAAGAAUGA